GGUGACUAUCAGGGACAUGAUCAGAUGGGAGGAGGAGGAUAUGGUGGAUGGGGACAACAAGGAGGUUGGGGACAACAGGGUAUGGGAGGAGGAGGUAUGGGAGGCAACAUGGGAGGCAACAUGGGAGGCAACAUGGGAAAUAUGGGAAAUAUGGGAAAUAUGGGAAAUAUGGGAGGACCCAUGGGAGCAGGAAAUAUGGGAAGCAUGGGAGGAAAUGUCGGACCAGGACCCAAUAUGGGAAAUCCUAAUAUGGGAAAUCCAAUGAUGGGAAGUGGAGGUUGGCCAGGUGCAGCUAACUAUGGUUACGGAGCUAACCCAGGACCUGUCCCACCCCCACAACCUCAGGGAUACGGUGGUCCUCCAAACCCCGGAUAUGGAAACGGAACAGCUGACAGGACAAAAUCCAGGGUGUGAGCGCUGAAUUGAUGGAUGAAUUGCGGAUGAUAUUGCGUCAUUUUCUCGUGUUGAACAUGAACAUGAACGUAUUCCAUGAACAUUGAUGACUUAUUUGAUGAAUUACAUCCAAGUGUGUUCGAUCUAGAUUGUCUUUGUAUACAUUGAUCUAAUUCAAUUAAUGUUUUUUUAUGUUUUGUUCAAUAAUAUUUGUAAAUUUUGUAACUGAAAUGUGUUUGGUCGCCAUGUUGAAUGAUCGGUCCGCCAUCUUUGUUUUGUCUACGACCAUGAAUAUGCGCAUCUUGUUCUGAUCGCUGAAAAUCCGCGAAUAAAUCCUAUUAACCUUACUUUGUAUUGACCUGAAUUUUUUUCAAAUAUAUUUUUUCGCUCUCUGUAGUAGAAUACAGCCUCUUUUUU